AGAUGUCCCACCCUCAUAAAAUUCAGAUGCGUGUGUCCGAGGUGUCUACAAAAAUUACUCAGACAAGCUGCUUUCCUGAAGAUCAAAUGCUGUUAUAGUCGAACAUAAUAGCUAAACAGUGCACUGUCAAAACUAAUAUUUUGAAAAAUGAGCAGUGAUUUAUAUGAAGUGAUAUUGGAUGGUGGUGGUCCAUGGGGAAUUCGUCUCCAAGGAGGCAAAGAUUUUGGAAUACCUUUAAAUAUUGCACGAGUAACACCCGGAAGCAAAGCUGCUAACAAAAGACUUAUUGAUGGCGAUCAAAUAAUGGAAAUUAAUUACACACCAACUGAAACACUGACUCAUAUGGAGGCUCAAAAUAUUAUAAAAAAUGCUGGUGACAAACUGCAACUUAAACUAAAGCCUGGCAAAGGUGUGUCACUAGGUGAAAUAAAGCAAGUUGGUAGUGGUGCAUUUGCUGCAAAUCCAAGUCAAACUUUGUAUGUAACUGAAACUGUACAUUCUGCUGGUGUUGACCAUAAAUAUAAUGCUAAGCCACGAGCUUUUGGCACUACUGAGCCAACUGCUAGUGCUGCUGUGUCUGGCAAGAAGUUUGAUCCUGCAGAAUAUGCAAGAAAAAAGAAAGAAGAACUAGAAAAAUACAAAGAAGAAAAAAACAAUCCUAAAGAAAUAGAUUCAGAUGUUCUCAAAAUGCUACAAAAUACUCAUGUCAACCAAGGUCAAGGAUCAUUUGCUCGACUAGAAAAUCAGCUUCAAAAUGAAGGAACUCCACAGCCGACUGCUUUUCGUAUGACGGCUGAGGGAACAGAUUUAACUGAUGUUUCACCUGGUUCACGUCAAGUAAUGGAGGAUUUAAAAAAUCGAGGAACAACUGGUCUAAGUAGUACUGGUAACACAACUUCUCGCUCAUUCAAACUUUUGCAGAAGAUAACUGAUGAUGCAGAUGACGAUUUGCCUCCUCCUCCACCUGAUAUGUUUGAUCAUGAACACGAGGCACCAAAAUCUGGAGGAACAUUUAAAUCAAUGCAGCAUCAUAUUGAAGCAGGAACUGCAGAUGAAAUAAAGACAGUUUUUAGUCAGCCACCUGGGCAAAGAGGACAACCAGUUUAUGCUGGACCUCCGAAAAAAAUAACAUCCCCACAAGGAUACGUCAAUCCAGCUCCAAAGUCUUCUAUGGCUUCUGGGCCAAACUUCAAAGUCGGAAAAGCUGCGGCACCUACUUUUAAAGCUAAUCCAGUUCAAACAUAUUCAAAUAAGCCACCUCCUCCACCUGCAGUCAAUGCACAAGAAAUUCAAAAUCCAAAUUCACGACUGUUAGCUAACAGCCAGUAUCCAUCUCCUCAACAAACUUAUGAAAGCAAUAAACCUUCUUCACCAACCAACUCUUAUCAACAACCUGUUGGUGGGCCUGGAAGAUUUUCUCCACAAUCUUAUGGCAACCCGCCACCUCAGCCAGCUGGAAAUAUCAAUAAAAUUAUGACAAAAGGUAGUCCACAGAGUACUACAGUAACCCCACAGAAAGGAUUGGUAUGCCAUGCUUGUGAACAGCCUUUGAUAGGACCGUUUGUUAGUGCCAUAGGUAGGACAUGGCACCCAGAACAUUUUUGCUGCUCUGCGUGUAACACGUCGCUUCAAAACCAAGCUUUUGUAGAGGAAAAUAAUUCACUUUAUUGUGAAAAAUGCUACAAUCAAUACUUUGCUCCUAAGUGUGCUCAUUGUAACAAUGCUAUUAUUGGAACAGCGACAAAUGACAUCAUCUGUGACAUGUGCUUGGCAUCAGCAGAUAGAGUGUUUGAUCCCCUGCAAUGUUCUUUAUCUAUCAAUUGGUUGAUGAAGCAGUUAAAUGAGGUUAAUAGUUCCACUGAUGCAGCUGCUCGACAGAUUAGUGAGAACAAUGCACGUAUAAAAAAGGCGCGUAUAGCAAUAAGUAAAGCUAAUUCAGAUCGCAAAUCACUUGAAGAAAAAAUUUCUUUAUGUGAAAAAGAAAUAGUCAAAGUAAGCCAAGCACUUGAAUUAAAGCAAAAAAUGUUGGCUGCUGGAGUAAAUUUGCGCAGUGCAAAUGAAAAGUUUGCUGCAAACAUGCAGAUUUUGCAGAGUGAUUUAGAUACAGCCAAGUGUAAGUUAUAUUCUUGGCAAUCAACUUUAGCGGAAAUAACAACAGGCUAUAAGCUAAAAUGUGAACGUCUAGAAGUUGCUCAACAACGACGAUGCAACUUGCAUAUUAAAAUGAAUGAGUUGCAAACCACUUUAGAUGAAAUGAAUAGACGUAUUAAAGAAAUAAAACGAAAACAGGAAUCAAGAACUCAGACAGGUGUAACAAUGUUAGAAGAAGUAAAACUACUGGAAUUUGCUGUAGAAGAAGUCGAAACUCGCAAGGUAUUUGCUGAACAGCAUUUAGAAUCUCUAAGGCUAUAUGAAGAAAUGCUAAAAAGCGAGCAUUUACAGCAAAGAGUUGCAAACCUCAAUCUUCAAGAUGAAGUUGAAAUAGCUCAGCGAAAGAAAAAAGACUUGAUGAGGCAACUUAAUAUUAGUCAUCCAAUGCAAGUUUUGCGAUGACUUUUGAUGACAAUG